GCAGUUACACAAACUCCAGGUACCUUGAAUUAAGGCGCCUUUCUGCCGACACUUUCCUUCAGUUUUCUGAUUUAGACACAUUUCCAAUGAGGGUCAUAGUUUCCUUCACUCUGCUUGGAGCGGUCGUCUCUGCAAGGGCCCAAUUUUUGCCGUUGAAAACUGAACUGGACACACCAACCGAGGCGCCUGCAGCGCCACAGAACGCUCACGCUCGCGAUCCAGAUGGCGUUUCUGACGUGCCAAAGGCAGUCGCGGCACCAGAGCCAGCUGCAUCGCCAGGACUGCCGCAUUCGUCGAUGAUACCAGACCUGACAAGACUGCCCGGAAUUCCGGCUCUUCUUACCACGCUGCCGGAACCUGCGGGUGAUACCCCGGCACAAUCUCCCCCCGGCCUCCCUGUUUUGCCGCCUAUCCUAUUCCCUCUGCCGAUAGGACCUCCUUCUGCCCCAGAUUUUCCAGUCGUGGUCCCCCAGCCACUACCGAUCCCCUUUCCUCUUUUCCCACUUCCUGUUGGAAAUAUAGGACUGCCGCCGUCCCUUCCUCCGCCAACCAUAUUCCCUCCAACUCCGGGAAUCCCCAGCCAGCUGGCAGGUUUUAACUUCACUGGCCUUCCGAACAUCGGUGACUUACCUCAGCUGCCGCGCCUUGGAGAACUUCCCCGGAUCCCUGGACUGGGUGACAUCCCACCGCUACCAGGUCUGGGUGACAUCCCACCUCUACCAGGUCUGGGUGACAUCCCACCUCUACCAGGUCUGGGUGACAUCCCACCUCUACCAGGUCUGGGUGACUUCGCCCCACUACCGGGACUCGGUGAACUUCCAGGACUUCCAGGAUUCGGUGAACUCCCACCACUACCAGGAUUGGGCGGUUUCCCACAACUCCCGCGCCUCGGCGAGUUGCCACAACUACCAAGACUCGGCGAGUUACCAUCACUACCAAGUCUGGGCGAAUUCCCACCAUUGCCGUCCCUCGGGGAGCUACCCCCAGUCCCAGGUCUGAGUGGCCUGCCUCAACUUCCAAUAAUCAGCGGGUUACCGACAAUACCAAGCUUCGGCGACCUACCACAACUUUCAAAGCUCAGCGAUGCUCCGGCACUCCCCAGCUUACCGACUCUGGAGCUGCCUAAAUUGGACGGCAGCAGCGCCUUCGGAAACCUCACCAAUAUUGAGUUUCCCGGUCUUUUAGAGCGACCCGAGUUGAUCGAAAUUCCUGCUAAUCUUGAGCGACUGCACCAAGCCAUCCUUGACUCUCUUCGCCAUGCGGCAUCAGCUCCCUGAUCGUCACGCGUGUGCAAGGUGUUGUGGGAACCUCUUUUUUUCACUACCUCAGGCGAUGCACAAUGCUUCGAAGACUCUAGGAGCAAUGCGAAAGUCACGCAGUACAUAAUGUGACCUCCGCUAACGUCUCGUUCUCUCAAGAAUCCUGAAAGGCGACCUGUCUGAAGAAAAUUGGCUCGAUCUACGGCAUCAGAACAGAAACUCUCAAUGUCUGGGAACCUCUGACUCGCAUAUUGACGCCUUUUUUCAAGGUACACGUGGGUUGUCUCAAAACGUCCUCACGGUGCUGCGAAGUACAGCGUGAACUGCGUCACUUGACCAUCUAUAGCUGAAGUGGCUGAAUUCGUCUUUUACCGUGCAAUGCCGUUCACACCGGCCAAUGUAGAUUUUUCACAUCUGAACGUUUGUUGAACCUUCGUUCAUUUUGGCAAUGUACGCUGCCACAUCCGAAUAAAUACAGUCGGCUCUAUGAGCAAACUCCUGCGAGAGGUUUAUACUUGCCA